AAUUUAGUCUCCGUUAUCUACUGAUAUGACUAUGGCUGACCAAAAGACCGACCUCCAAACUUUAUUUUAAGCCAACUUUUGUUAAAAAAACAAGUUCAAACGAACUGUUUUUUGGCCUGUGUCGUUCAGCUGAAAGGUGGCCGAGGAGCCUGGGAACGACCCUUUUAUUAACGACCGGUCGAAAGAUGUCCUUAAGGAAGUAUUUUGUCUUGGCUGUUGGAACAGUGCUGAUAAUAGUGRUAACCUUGAUAACCAGACCAGAAUAUUUGACAUAUCUACUUGAUUUGUUUGACUCAACUGCUUCCCAAGAUAACCUGUUCCACACCUCCAAAACCUUCACUUGCGACGGCAGAUGGAAAAACGAAUACAUCCGUUACCAUGCCAACAGCCUUAAAUCCCAAAGCAAGGACAGAAAAUUCCUAAUCUACUACUGCGCAGGUCACAGUGGCGGUUGUGGUGGCUAUGGCAACAGGAUGAUUGGUCUGGUAUCCAUUUUCUACUUAUCUGUUCUUCUCAAUAGGACUUUUAUGAUUCAUUGGGGUGGACCAGAAUUACUGGAAACUUAUUUACAGCCGAAUAAAAUAGACUGGACUUAUAAUGAGUUUAAAUUCAAGGACAUGAAGUCCAGGAAAGGAUACUGGGGUUUGGAAAGGUUGCCWGGCUAUGACCAUUUCCACGCUGCAAGACGAGGAAAUUUUCUACGCUGGAGCCAAGGAGUAAACUUCGAAUCUUACCUAAAUUUCCCAGUAGAAAAUCUAGCCACGAUAUGGUACUUUGCKGAUAAGCUAUGGGAUAACCCGCAUCUAAAGACACGAGCAAAAGAAAUAGGACUACCACCGGCAAAAAAGAGCUACCCUUAUGGAAUGAUCGGUUGCGCAAUGAACUUUCUGUUCAAAAAAUCUAGAACCUUAAUGAGAGAGUUCAGUAAAGUGAAGUCGGAACUUGACGCAAAAAGAGAUGGGCCUUUGAUUGGACUUCACGUGCGAACCAGUGAUUAUCACUUUGGUAGCAACAACCCAAACAGCGUACGAACAAAAGACACAAAGCGAGUAUUUGUCUGCGCUGAUCGAGUAGAAAAAGCUCUUCGACGAARAUUCUUCCACUUAAGAAAUAAGAAAUUUACCUGGGUGUUGGCAGUUGAUAAUAUAGAUUUAAAAAAGCAGGCGCUAAAGGAUUAUCCAGAUAAACUACUUACGCUGAACAUUAUUCCAAAACACYUGGAUGUUAGCAAAACUGGCCAUCAGGAAAUCUUUAGGGAUCUCUUGAUGGACCAACUUAUACUUGUUGAAUGCGAUUUUUUCAUUCUUACAUCGAGUAGUACGUUCAGUAGUGUGAUUCUUGGGUUGAGACAGUUUCCUGUAAACUCGUUCGUUUAUGGGGAGAAGUGUGAGCUGGAUGAAGAAAAGGUUAUUCUGGCCCCUGAACAGAGAAAGAAUGCUAACUAAUUCUUUAAAGUAGUCGGMAUUCUCGGAAUCGUCGCGCUUGGUGCUCGCAAAGGGGCGAGGUCAAAACAAUGGUCCAAAAUAGGGACCCUUUUAUGAAUUAAGUUGGUGGGUAUCGGUACAUACCCCCUCCCCCCUCAGAGAGCUGUUUAAAUGCUCGAUACUGGGGGUCUGUAGUGGCAAUUUCUAUACAAAAAAAUAUGUUUUUUAGCAUACAUGCAGAAAGACAGUACAUUCAUUUCUGUGAUUUGGCUUUUAGGUUUGGAGAUAUUUGGGGACAAAAUCUAAGAUUUCACUUCCAGAGGUGGUGGGUACCGGGUAACACCACCCCUCCCCCCUAAAUCGGGGGUAUCAUGAGAUGACAAUUGUUUUGCCCUCCUCCCCAAAUUCUAGAUCUCUUUUCAUGGGCAGGGAGACUAGAAGAAAGGAGUGGACCAAUCAUGUAGCAAGUACUUAUGUAAACAGGAAAGUAGGCUAAACGAACUUUAUAUAUUAUCAUCAAAUAAAAUUAAAAUUAAAGGCA